GUCUGAACUGAGGAGAAACCUGGGGGAUAAGAUUCCGAAUGAAGUAUGGGGGGUAUGAAGUUUAGUUUUACUGAGACUGAGGAGGUAUGUAUGAUAUUGACUCGAUGUGGGUGAGUAUAUAUAGUUCGUAGGAACCCUGUCUAUAAAUGGCUUGAAGACACAGCGUCAAAAAUGAUCCUCUCUUACUUUCUUUCAGCGGCUGCUGGUGCAGCUGCAUUGAGUCUGGACAUUGCCUCUUCCGGGGGGAAUCAAUCUAGUUCUUUGCUCUACGGACUCCUUUACGAGGAUAUCUACCACUCCGGCGAUGGGGGUCUUUACGGUGAACUGAUCCGCAAUCGGGCCUUCCAGGGCUCCUCUGCGGACGGUGCUGCCAGUCUAGUCCGCAACACAGACUAUUGGCAUGCAGUAGGAGGAGUUUCCUUGUCAAUCGAUACUUCCUCGCCGACGGUUUCGUCCAGCCUCCCCUACCAGCUGCGUAUGGACGUCCCGGCCGGUGCAGAGGGGACUGUUGGGUUUUACAACGACGGGUUUUGGGGCUUUGAUGUAGCUGCUUCCCAAGACUACAUUGCUAGCCUGUAUAUGCAUGGAAAUUACUCGGGAGUCAUCCAGUGUUCAUUUCGCAGUAGUACAAGUGAUACGGUCCUUGGAUCAACGAAUAUCACGGUGGAUCAGACCUCGUCGGAGGGAUGGGUGCAGACGUUUUCCCCUACUUUCAACCCAACACAGACUGCGGCGGACGCGAACAACACGGUUUAUUUUACCUUUGAUGGGGCACAGCUAGCAGGGGAAAGUCUCUACUUUAAUCUCUUCAGUGUGUUCAAGCAGACCUACAAGAACCGCAGUAAUGGCGUGCGGACGGAUCUUGCAGAGGCACUGGGCGGUCUUGGGACCAAGUAUAUUCGGCUUCCUGGCGGUAACAACAUGGAAGGAUUGGAGUCGCCAUAUUAUUGGAAGUGGAACGAGACGGUUGGUGAUUUGACGGAUCGUCCCGGACGUCUAGGGACCUGGGGCGAUAUCAACACUGAUGGAUUUGGUCUCUUGGAGAUGAUGCAGAUGGCUCAGGAUCUGGGACAGGAGGUGAUUCUGGGGGUUUGGGCGGGACUGUACCUGGAUGGGGAGGUCGUGCCAGAGGCUGACUUGGAUCCGUACAUUGAUUCCGUGAUGGACGAGCUGGAGUUUCUCCUGGGCGACUCUUCUACUACAUACGGCGCUCAACGCGCAGCCCUGGGAUACCCAUCUCCUUUUACAUUGACAUGGAUCGAGAUUGGCAACGAAGACUAUCUAAACGGGGGGACUGACUCGUAUUACGCAUAUCGCUAUCAGGCCUUCUACGAUGCGAUCCACGCCACUUAUCCAUCCAUCAACCUGAUCUCGACCAUUAACCCCAAUCCCGUCACCACAGCCGGCAGUCCCCUUGAUCUGCACAUCUACGGCAACGAGGACUACUUUGUCUCACUCUUUAACACCUUCGACCAAGCCAGUCGGACCUAUCCAGUGUUCAUCAAUGAAUACGCCGCGACCAACACAGGGGGUAAUACGGACGGCCAAGUCGGCGCUCAGACACUGGGUAUGGCCUGCGCCGAGGCAAUCUUCCUCUUGGGCUGCGAGCGGAACUCCGAUGUCGUCGUAGGCUCUGCGUAUGGCGCUCUGAUCAAGAACUACAACGAAGAGCCCGGCACAGUUGCCGUCAUCAAACACACGGCGAACGAGGUCCUCUACACAAUGAGUUACUAUGUCCAGCAACUUUUUGCUGCGCAUAUGGGCACUGCUACUCUCCCCGUGACGGUCACAGACGGGGAACUGGGACCUGUCUACUGGUCGGCCACAACCGAUGGGUCCCAGGCGAUUCUCAAAUUGGUCAAUUACAAUGGGACUACAGGUGCCUCGAACGCGGUACAGAUUACGUUUGAGGGGUCGACGAAGAAUACCGCGACGCUCAUCGCCAUGACAGCUGCGAGCUCUACUAGUGUCAAUAAUUUGCCGUCGAUGGGUGGUGAGGCGAGUACGAUCACAACCACAACACUGACUGGGAGUGAGGGCACAUUCUCAGUUCCGUUUAGCAGCGCGUAUGAAAUUGUUAUUCUGUUAGUGUAGGAGAGUGUUUU